AUGAGCACUAGCAUACUCUCAAAAAGGUGGUGCAACCUCUGGCAUCUCAGGAGAAAUCUGAACUUUAAUGUGCCUAGUGUGUUUGGAAGUGAAGAGAAAUUACGAGGUAGGGAUAUUAAGGGUAAAUUUGUAGAACGAAUCGAUCAAUUUGUCAAGAAUUUUAAAGGGACUAAGAUUGAUUCUUUCAUGGUGGAGCUUUAUCAUUUACGUUCCGUAGAGAGCACCAACAUUGAUCAAUGGACCAAGUUUGCAAUUUCAAAGGGAGUUGAGAGAAUCGUUCUGGUCGGUCCAUGGUAUGCGCACAGGGACGUUUACAGGGCUCGUGACUGUGUCUCAUGUGACGAGUUUCCCUUUGGCUUAUCUUUCGAGUGUAACAACUCAACACUCAAGUAUGUGCAUCUGAAAUUUUUUCAUGUUCGUAAUCCAACAAACUUUGAUCCUUUUCCAUUCAAAAAACUGAGAUCUCUUGUAAUUGAAGAGUCAACGGUGGAUGUAAAGUUGCUCACAACUCUACUAUCAAAUUGUCGUCUACUUGAAGAGCUCAGCUUUAUUGAAUGUUUGUUCAAUUCAACAACCUUGCAAAUAGAAAGUUCAUCAUUAUGUCAUUUCAAGCUUGACCAAUGCCAAGAAUUUAACACUAAUGCUGAUGAAGUUGAUAUAGAACUCACUUCGUUGGAUUGUCUAAAACUCACUUCUUUGUAUUACCACAUCAGAAACAACUCUUCAAUCUCCUUAUUUAAUGCUCCUCUUCCUAUAGUGAUGAAGAGCUCAAUUAAUGCUCCUAAACUGAAGACCAUUUACCAUGAUGAGGUCUUUUCUGUAGAGAAAUUACAUCGUGCAUUUACUCACUUCGCCACUUUUCCUAAGCUUGAGAUUCUGAAUUUAUAUAUCUUUAGUUAUCCUCGCCCUCGGAUGAGAUACCCUGACCCUGUAUAUUGCAAUCAUGAAAUUCAAAAAGAUAUUCAAGAUGUCAUGAGUCUCUCUCAUGACGAGAUCAAAGUUAUUGAACUAAGAGGUUGUGUGGGACACUGGUAUGAAAUUGAGUUCGCCUUGAAUGCUUUAAAAUAUAUCCACAAACUUGAGCGGAUAGUUUUGAAUCCGUAUUGGAUACAUAAUUGGUCUGAGAGAGACUGGGAGUUCAAUCCAACAUGGUAUCAGAUUGGUCGUGAAAGAAUCCUUAAAAAACUUCAAGAUGAAGGGAUUGAACUAGACAAACUUGUACUCAGAUAA